AUGGAUUGUGACAUCCCAGACCCAGCCACGACAGAGGCAGCUUACCCAGCCUCCUACAUCUCCUUGUACGCUCUGACAGCGAUCGUGCUUGUUCUGGGAAUACUUGCUUGGUUUCUUGGCGCCAACCAGAAGCCGCCUUUUUCUCGACUGUAUUACCGCUUCUAUCCAGUAUACCUGCUGCUGGCCGCCAUUGGUUAUGGCAUGUGGGCCGUUUACUUUCAUGCAUUCACGGACGGAGACAACUUUGUUGUCGCCUCUCGUCUGCUGAUCACGCUUUCCGUGGAUCCAUUGAUCGGCAUCGCCUUCUGCCUUGGCGAAGGCAUGCUUGUGAACAAGCGCUUCUGGCAGGUCAUGUGGAUAUUGAGUGGCAUUUUCAUGAUAGCCGUGCUGUCUGCAGCUGCAACGACAUCUUCAGACAUAACGGUCAUUGCCAUUGCUGGCUUUGUGACGUUUGGUGCCCUGGUCUCUUGGAUUGCAGCAGCAUGGAUGCGGCCAUCGGUCUAUAAUCGGUUAAAGGUGAUUGCAGGUGCUAUCCUUCUUUCGGCUCUGGUCGUGCUCGGAAUUCUUCAGCCACGUUGCGGCCCUGCGGCUCACAACGAAUGCUACAUCCACUGCCCUGGACAGCCGGGUUUCCAGCAUGUGGUGUUUGCUUGCCUCACUGGCACAGGCUACCUACUUCUGAUGGCAAUGCAACUGAUGGAGCCCGACCUCAUUGUAGCCCCAGACUUCUUUUCCUGUCUCACUGCUCGGUUUGAGGGCACAAGUCCCGCAAGCCCUGCAGAGUAG